UCUGGUUCCAUUGGCCCUUCUCUUAUACCACCUUCCAAGUUCCUAGUUCGCACAGUCUUCUGGCCAGAGGCUCAGGACAGGCCUGGGGGGGCCUAGCCUCUCUCUGCCACCAGUCCCAGCCACCAGGGCCAUGGAGUGAUGGAUCCCCCUGUCCUGAGGAGUCCUGGCUCUACGCAGCCCCCAUCCAAAGGACAAGCAGGCAGAAACCCAGGUUUCAGCUCUCGAACCCGCUGCCUCUGAACCACUUCUGCUUCCUACCAGCUUGGGAAGACCCAGGAGAAGGGGCAACAUGCACUAGCUGAUGACACUUGAGAGAAGGCUUAGAAGGAGAAGCUGAAGCCAGAGGUCCCCAUGGAAAUGGAUAUGAUCACCCCGACCCUUUCAGAAAUCAGACAGGGGACCUCGGAGGCCAGGACUCUGCAGGAAACUGGUGGCAGCCUGGACAGAGAUAAAGACCACGGCACCGCCAUCUUUUCUGGGUUUGCGGGAUUCCUCGCCAUCCUCCUGACCACCAUGAUCUUCUACGGCCUAUGGAACUGGAAUAAACUGAAGAGGCGACAAGUUCCUUACUUCCGAGUUACUGUCAUGCCCUUACUGACUCUGUCUCGACCCAGACAAGGAGCCAAAAAUAUUUAUGACUCUUUGCCCCAGAGGCAAGAGGGGAGACGCCCAUCAAGGAGUAACCGAAUUUUCAGCACCGAGAGCCUCCUGUCCAGAAAUUCUGAGAGCCCUCCUUCUGAGCAUGUGCCCUCCCAAGCAGACAGUGUCCUCUGGGUGCACAGAGAACAUUAUCCUGCCAACAGCUACGCAGUGGGCAUCUAUGACAAUGCCACAGGGCUCCAGAUGCGUGGGGACCUCCCUCCCUCUGCACACUAUGUCAAUGUCAGUGCAGCCAGAGACUGCCUGAGCAUUUCUUCAGAGGACUCGAGAGAUUACAUCAACGUUUCCACCACAGAACAGAUCGCUAAGACUCUUCUGGCUUCUGCCGACACCACCCCCGUGAAUGGUUUUGCCCCCACAAGUGCGCAGAAGCCAGAGCUUACUGAGGAAAGAGAGGAGGGCUGCGGGAAUGCCACUGACCACACCAGUUUUUGGUCUCUAAGAUUGGAGAGCGAUGACCCACUCAGCAAUGAGGAUAGUUCUUCUGAGACCUCAAAUGACUACGUCAACAUGGCAGGGUUGAAUCUUGAGGCCAUCCAGGGGAAGCAACCCUGGAUGGCUCUUCAGUGCUACAGAGAUUAUGAAAACGUCCCGUCGGCACAUGCCAAUGGGAACGCGCAGCAGGCUGCGGAAGAAGUGACAUCCUCAGACACAGGCCAUGUAGAAGGCAGGACAGGCAGUCCAGGGUCCCACGUCCAAUUUGUCAUGCAGUCAGGGAGGUUCCCGGCACUUGGGGAUUAUGUGACCUACCAGCCAUCUGCACAGAGUAAGACUAGUCAGAUGGAACAUGGGGACGAAAUGUCAAAUGAGACCUCUGGUGACUACGAGAAUGUGUUACCUGCCAACUUAGGAGACAGGGACUCCAAGCAGGGGCCAGAUGUAUAGCUUCUUCCUGACGAAUUAGGCCCCAGCACCAGCCAAAGAGCAGUGUGGAGAGGUCUCUCCUGCCAGAUCCAUGGCUACCACGGGGUCUGAUAAAGACCCUAGAACAUCCUUGUAUUUCAGUGGGUUUGCUCAGGGAGACUACAAAGGGGCUGAGAUACACAGGCGUUAAGGAACUCACAAAAGCCAAGGUCUGGGAAAGCCAGAAAGGAACUCUUCUGAAGCAGGGUGCUGUUAUCUCUCAUCCCAACCGAAGAGUGUUUGCUGAAACUGCCUUCGAGGAUGGUUAGUAGAUUCAAAAUGCAAUAGUACAUUAGUGCCCAGUGGAAACAUGAAGCAGGUGCAUAGGAGGUUCAGUCGUAGAACUCUUGCCCACCAGUGGAAAAAUGAAGCAAUCUAAAAUUGUUACCUUCACAGAUACCAGCACGCUGGAAAGCAAAAAUGAAGAUUAGUCUGUAAUUCAAGCAGAGGCCAAAAAGAAGGGACAGGUCAGAGUUGGGGUGGGGCAACAGUUUCCACUUGAAAAAGAGUGUGGACAAGCAAACUGCUAGAGGUGUGGAACACCAGGCAUGGUCAUUCAUUGCAAAGUGUAAUCACCACUCUGAAAAACUAUUUGAUAGUUUCUUAGAAGCAUGCAUUUAUUAUACAACCCCACCAUUCCACUACUAGGUGUCUGCCCGAGAGAAGUGAAAAUUUGUGCUCAUGCAAAAGCCCAUAUAUGACUAUUCAUAGCAGCUUUAUUGAUAAUACCCAAACUAGAAAUAACUCAGAUGCCGUUCAACAGGUAAAUGGGAAAACAAACUGUGGUAUAUCCACACCAUGAGGUUGUCUAUACCCAGCAGGAAAAAGGAAUGAACUAUUGGUUCAUGCAACAACAUGGACAGAUCUUAAGUGCAUUUUGCUAAGUAAAAGAAGCUAGACCUAAAAAUCUACAUAUUGUAGGAUUCCAUUCAUGUGACCUUUUGGAAAAGGCAAAACUAUAGGGAUGGAAGACAGAUCAGCGGUUGUCAGGUUUGGGGAAAGGGGAGAAGUUUAUUACAAAGGAAUUUUUAGGGUAAUGGAGCUAUUCUGUAUUGGUACUACAGUGGUAGAUACAAGACUCUGUAAAUUUGUCAUAACACAAAAAAAACUGUAUAGCCCAACGAGUGACUUUUAUUGUAUGUAAUUGUUUUUAAAUUAACUACACUGUCAGGGGAAGCCAUGAUGGAACGCAGAUUGAGACAAAUAAAACCUAACAGUAUUACAAAUGUAUGAUAUAGCCUCACUGAAGGGGGUGGGGGGAGCUAACCUAAUUAACAUUGGAAAACCAUGUUUUCACUUGAAAUUGUAAGAUGAAGACACAAAAAAACUGUACAUAACACUGUACUCUAGUUGGUAAAUUUGUAUCUCAGAGGAGGAUAGGUUAGCAAUUCUGAUACUCUUUAAAUGUAUACUAAGUUUGAAUAUAUAUAAGUAAGUAAUAGAGAUAAGGAGAGGCAGAUUUCUUACUAUCAGGAAAAGAGGUGACCAAGUAGAAGAGGCUACAAUGAACUUGUGGUAUUGAUGAACUAGAAUUGGAGGUAUAGCUGGAACUCUUGUUUAAUAUAUAUAUAUAUAUGAAUAGAUACUGAAAUAAAUAUAGAUAUGUAUAUACA